CUGUUGCUCACCUGCCCAUCUGAUGGUCUGUGCUCAGUAUAAAUUGCAUGGGCACCAUGACUCGUACAUCAUACAAAGACUUCGAGGGAACUGACACUCUUGUAUUGCUUCUUGGUGUUUUAGCUAAGAUCACGUGUAAUACCACUUGUAGGUGCCACAUUAUCUCUGUACAGGCAGUCAGUCGAAUAUGCAGAGGCUGGGACUGGGCAGACCUCUUCCCCCUUCAUGCCUGCACCUAAUGACUCAAAAGGAUAAAACGUUCUGAUCACAAGGAUGCGUCUGGGGUUUUUCAUUCAAGCAAAACUAAAAGGUGUGUCCUCCAGAAACGAAUCACAGGCUCACCUCACAUCUGAUCGUCAGAGGUGGAGAUAAAUUCAGAUUCCAGCUGCACCCUCCUUGCACAUAGUGUGGACGAAGGUAGAAAACAGAACAUGAAUAGCCUUCUGUAUCUCGGGUUCUGGCUGCUGCUGUCUGUUGAGAUAGUUGUCAGCAUCAGAUGUGCUCACUGUUAUUUUCAGCAUCCGAAAGGUACCUGCCUUGAGCGGAAACGUCCUUGCAGAUUGCACGUGGGGAAGUCUUGCUACAAACAGACCGUCUACUUUGGAAAUACUCUUCUCUUUUCCAAGAAGGGUUGCAGCACCCAAUGUGUUAAUGUUCAAGAAAAGCCAGCAGAGAAUACCAUCACCCAGACUUUCAAAUGCUGCUCUAAUAGAAGUUUCUGCAAUCUCUAAGUGGUGUUGAGUAGCACCAAAGCAUCUGCUUUCUGAAUGAAGUUUUGAGGGUUGGAAGCUUCUACAGGCCUCUUUUCCAUCAAUACCUCCCAAUCGCAAGACCAAACUAGAGGCCAUGAUCCCUGAUAAGGUCUCUCAUCUUUUAAAAAUUUGGCAAAUACUAGCUAAACCAAGGAAGAAGAGGAGAUGGAGAUUCAGGUCUGUUGUAAGGAACGGCAAAGGGAUUUAACACUUCUCCUGAACCCUAUUUUCCAAAGGACAAUCAAGAUCCGGCUUCCGCCUUCAGCUGCCUCAUUACCAAAAACUUUGACAUACACAAUCAUUUGAUUUAUUGAGCAGAAUUUGUUUACUGCUCAACUGUAAAGAAAGCCUAUAAGCAGUUUAUGGAGAAUAUAAAAUUUAAGUUUUCCCAGUGCAUCAA